AUGAAAAAGGAGAUCGCGGCCACCCCGCCAGUGCCUCCCCGGCGUAAAAAGCGAAAAAGCAAGACAGUGCCAAGAGUGGAAUCUACUUUGGAGCCGGUGUCCAAACCGGAGCGGAAACCGCGUUUACCUCCGCCACCUCCGCCUUCUCAGACCCCCGGAGGGAGGGACCCACCUCCAACGAGCGACUAUCGUUCGCAUUCAAUUACAUCGGAGAAAUCGACGUCCAACGGGACGGAAAGCAAUUUCCAGGCUCGUCCCGGCCGGAUCGGGGAAAAUUUCGAAACCGUGGAAACGCCAUCUCCGGAGGUCUUCGAUGACGCCAUUCCGCCAGCUAGCUCGGAAACGACCCAGGAAAAUCAUAUGAAACCAUCUUUGGAGACACUUGACACUGCCACGCCACGGAACUGGGGUCACGAUAUGGGAUUCGCCGUUUCCGGGAGCAGAUCAGCUGUGAACAAAUAUCCGCCGCUCUUCUUCACUCUUCAGGAUUUCCAGGAAGUGAUGGCGGACUCGAUGCCGAAGGAAGAGUCAAAUGGAUCCCAUUUGCGGAACGAAGUGGAGCCAUCGAGGGAUCGCUCGCUGAUCGCAUUUCUGGAACAGUCUCUGGACUGCGAAGACGAAGACGUCUGCUUCAGGGUGACCACCACGAACGUACCUUUCGAAAAGUGUCUUAAUAGUUGGAACGUCUCCUUCGAGAGUUGCGAAUUUCCCGGAGAGAUCGAGGCGAAUCGGUACAUCUUUGAGGAUUAUAUCGACAGAGGGAAGAGGUUGCCGAGGAAGCAACCUCCUUCGACCUUAUUUAGUGACGAGGUCUUCGAUAGUAACGACGCCGAGAGCAUAUCCACCAGUCAUUCCGCUACCAGGGUCAGAUUCGUCAUCGAAUCUCCCAGCUCGUCGACUCCCGACGAAACCGAUUGGGAAAACAGAAUCUCGGAUAGUCUUCAAAAUGUCGAAUCCAUCCGUACCGAUGGCGGGGAUGACGCGCAGGCGUAUUAUGAACCUCCGAAAUUGGUAGAAAUUUUUCACUCCUCUUUGCACGAGGAGAAAAAGAAUAGCUGCGAAUCCUCUAUGGUCCAGAGAACCGAUGAUUUUCAUGACGUUCCUUUUGAUAAGCCAACGGAACUGGAGGAUGAGAAAAAGUACCUUGGAGACCAGAUAGUAGAAUCUGAAUUAUCACCUAGUAAAAAUGAUCUCAAGAAUCGCAAACGAUCUCGCGACAAUGACGCGACUUUGGUAUCUUUUAAACACAUUGACGAGACAAUUGUUGAAGCUUGUGUAGUAGCUACGCCAGUAAUUUUAACGAAUGACGAUGAAAUAGAUACGAGCGCUUCGAAUCCCUCGUUUGAAAAUGUUGGAGUGUUAUAUACUGGCAAUGUUGGCCUUUUAACAGGUUUAAACACAAUAAAUUUGAUGAAAUGUGAGAAUAGCACGCGUCAAGACGAGUCGCAAGUAAAUCAAACAGGAAUUCUUGAAUACGUAACGAGUAAAGAUGUCUCUAUAGAUGAUAAUAAUAGCAGGAAAGAGAAAGACAUCGACUAUUCCAUUGUUCAUAAGAUACCGACUCCCAAACUCUUCAAAGACGAACCGCAAGAAAAUGAACCACCUUGCCUUGUAAAACCAGUCGAACACAAGAACCCGGAAGUGAAGAAGAGGACAAUUUUUAUCAGCGAAUCAUUGCGCGAUUUUAUAAAUACCGAUGAUACGGAAAGUUUCGAAUCAGCGGCUGACGAGAGCGAAAUGGAUGACAAUAUUAAUAGCGUUCCACCUCUCAUGAAUCCCCGUAUUGUGCAACGGAGAGCGCGACAACCUGGCACGAGCGUUUGGGGCGAUGAGGAAAAGCACCCAGGAGAGAUAUCCGAGGAGAAAGGAGCGCCGGAACCAACCAGCGAGAACGCCAAAGCGAAGAAAAGAAUUCCAGCCGACUUUAAAGAGGCCGAAGAGAGCCACGAGAAGCGACCAACCCCGUUCCCCCUCGAGCUUCCAAAAGAUGUAGAAGAAGGCCCGAAAAAGAUGACCGAAACCUUGGAAAACGGGGUCCCGGUGAACGUGCGUCGCAACUUCUUCCUGGAGAACAUGUUGGAGGACGAGUCCUUGGACGACCCGUGGGUCUCUUCGGCAUCCUGCGAGGUGAUCGCGGCGCACCCGAAGCCGGCCACUCGAGCUCGUUCGGGCGUCCCGUGGGAAGGUGGAGGAGCGAAGGAGAAAAUCGAAGCACCGGGUCCGAGACCCGCCGACCCUGUCCCCACCCCGGAAGCCACCAAGAAGGUUUCCCCGAAGAAAUCCGACGAGGCGGGCUUAAGCGCGGAACCAGUCGGUGUUGGUCCGAAGCCAAACGCGGAUGGGCUCGCUUCGGGGCGCAAGAAGAGCGCCGGCGAGGCGAAAAGCGACGUCCUGAACGAGCUGUUAUGUAAAUUUAGUGCGAUCCGAUUAAGACCGGUACCCGAAGGGCGCGAGGACGGUUCAGGUUGUGCGCCGCCCGGGCGGAAAGAUAGGGAUGUAGAUAGUAACUUAGAGGAGGCCGUUGUUAACCAUAGUCAGAGCGAAGCACCGAUCGUGUCGAUGUGGAGGCCUGGUGGGGUCGGUACCUCCGAGGACUCGGAAAUUACCCUCGAGGACGAGGGGCGGCAGGAAAACGCCGGUAUCGGCGACCUCCAGGGAGCGUCCUGCGGACGGUUCUCCAAGAUGGCCGCCGCCGCGCCUCCGGCCGGCACGAUCGAUGGCCGCCAGCAGUGUGCCAUAGCUAGGGGAACUCCUGUAAUCCGAUGUAAUAAUAACGACAAUAACGCCGCAACCCCCGUAGCCGUAAGUUCCGACCAAUCCCGUGCCGAUGUAUCGAUAGCCCCCGGUAGCGUUAGGAGCUUCGUCGAGUACUACGAGACGAGCAGCUAUUCUAAAAGUAUCGGUAGCAACCCGGUAGCUAGGGACCCACUUGAACGUACCGGAAGGACUAGACCCGUGGGACCGUUCGCGCCGGAGAGAGACAAGUCUGCACGCCAAGUGCAUCUUCCUGGUGAUGCCGGUCCGAUGGACCAGGUUCCCCCGGACACCAGUGCCAGGAGGAUAGACAACGACAUCUCGUACACGGUGGUCGCGAGACACCUCGUCCACCUGGGGACCGAUCCCUUCGUCUCCUUGCUCGAAAAUCGGUCCUUGACCGGAUGCAAAACCUCUUCGGCUCCUCGAAGGAGCGACAGCAAGAAGAGCGUGCAAUUUCGCAGUGGGUGCACCGUAAUGGGACGGUCUACACCUGAGGUGGACCAGGAGGCAUCCCCUGAGGGAGGUACCAAACCGAGGGCGAAGAGGAGGGCCCCGGAAAGGCCAUCGGGGGAUAAUACGGAUCCCGAGGGUGGAAAGGACGAGACUUUGCUACUUCUCAGGGUCCCUCCACCGAGGAUCAAGGUUGAACACUGCCCCGAUCCGCCGAUGGAGGAGAAAAUCGAUCAGACUGGAGAAACAUCGGCGGCCAAGGAGAAUCACUCGAUAUCAGGUAUCGCUCGUUCUCUUCCCCCGUCCUCGGUUUCGUACGUCGAUCAGCGAGUCGUUUUUUACUGUACGGUGUAGACCACGCGUAGUUGUUGCAACCAAUUUCCUAGAUCCGGUUGAUUAAAACCCUUCCCCGAAACUCGAAAUUGCAGGCUGAGAACUCGGGGAACUUCCCGGAAGAAAGUUCCCCGACGAAAGUCGGUGUCUUCCUCUUCCUAGCACCGGCGUCACGAGGCUCGGAAAAGUAAUUUAACCAGCUGAUCGUGAUUAGUCGGUUGUAAUGACGGAAUGAGAAGCUGCACGGGUCCUCGCGACCGGAUGCACCUGCCGAUCACCGCGAUCGGCAGUUAUCUCCUAAACGGUGUCUAUUAAUCGUAUCUUAAGGAGGUCGAAGACUACUUAAGCGUCGUAGAUGACAAUUGUUUCGGUCGCACUUACGGUCGUUCGAUAAUAAAGCUACGACAACGAGAAGGAUUCCCGCGAUGGUACAUAUCUUGAGGAGAGGUGCGAAUUACGAUUUUUUCACGACCUCGAGGGCCGACCCGCUUAACUCGAGAUCUUCCUUUUUUAAGGGCUGGAAAUGUCGCGAUGCUCAUGUAAAAAGUCAGAAUUUAAGCUUCGACGUUAAGUUGUACUUUCGUUAGUUACUUAGGUUGUCGACUUUCUUGAAGUACCGUCGAAGUCGGCUUCGCUGAAGGUUUCGCCAAGGAGGUACGAUCUCUUGGUAAAGGAUUUACGGUGACGAUUUCGUGUAACGAUUUUUUGCGAACAGUUCGUGUAAAGAUGUUUCCUCUUUCCUUUUCUUUUUCUCUGCGAUGAAUUCGUGUAAAGAUUUAAGGCGACUGGGGAGGAUAUCGUCACGACGUGUCGUGUAAUUGUAAUUAAGCAUCGAGAGUAGGCUGGAAGUAAGUGCAUAAGUAGAAUUAGAGAGGAGAGUAGUUACGUUGGUAAGGCUGCUGUGUUGUAAGUAGCUCGCAGAAUACGCAAUGUAGAUCUUAGUGGUUUCCUUUACACGUGCAAUCCCGAGGCGAAAAUGUGCAGGGGCGAGUGCACUUUGUCUUCGUUGUCGUCGUUAUCACGUUAUCGCGUUGUCCUCGCGUAGGCAAUUGCAGAAAGCUUGGCGAGUAUGCGUGCGCGGUCGGCGCGUGUGUGCAUGUGAAUCGUGUUCUUACAGAGGGACGAUUAGUGGUGCGACGUGAAAUCUUUUUUUCGUUGAUAGUGGGACAUUUUAUAUCGUUACUUUAGAUAGGAGAUUAACCAGGAGAUCAUUAACCGGCGUAUUCAAUUGAAAAACCGAGGUACCUAUACAGGUCGCAUCGGUGGCGUGCGAGUACGAGGCGUUGUUACCACUUUCGUUUGUAACGAGGAACGGAGGAUUUAGGAAAAUUUAAUUUUCCAUCGAAACGCGACGAACGCUGGAAUGCUUUUGUAAUAAUUGACGAGAUUUCCGAGGGCUGCUUUCAAUUCAAAAUUAAUAUCCAACGCUGGGAAUAUUUCGACCCUCUUUCUGAGAUACGACAAAGGUAUACGUUAUCAGGGAACAUUCGAAAGUAACUUCCGAUCGGAAGAUUGAAUUCUUUGGAGAAUAUACAUUUAGCAUUAAAAUUAACUGCUCCACUUCGAAGUUGAAAUUGAACUCGCGAUUUAAACGGUGGAGUACUCGCACGCCUUUAGUUCUCGUCAGCUCUUCGAGCGCUUCACUUAAGUGCAAACUACUACAAACAGUAAUUUUGGAGGCUAAAACCCUAGGGAACGCUCAACGACGUUCGAGGAUCGUGCGCAAGAUCGUGUUGACACCGAACACGGAUCAAUCGUUAUUGUUUUAUACGCGAUCGUAGUGACAACUCGUUAUCGGAACGUAGAGCCGCAAUUUUUUUUCGGCUUUCUUUAACCGCAUACGAGAGCUUCCACCACGUUAGAAGUCGACUGACGGCUGCGUUUAAUUUUUCGCCGACAUCGCUGCGAUCCGCUACACCUUUAUACAUUUCCCCGCUGACUGCUGAAUAAAUUAUUAUUUUCUAUGCUGUAUAGAGAAGAUCUUGUCCUCUGCGUUGCCCGCUGCCAAAUCCGCCGACGUACUGCGGAGAAUCCUUGGAACGAUUUUCCCCAGAAGGGCGAAGGUCUCUCGUCCAAAAAAAGAAAUCCCCCAAAAAUACCAACUACUAUUACCACCUAGGGAAAAAUUCCCGGGGCACGGAAAUGAAUUCUAAAUUAUUUGUGGAAGUAUUCCCGUAAAGUGGGUAAAGGGGUAAACUCUGAAUAAUUAAAAUACAAAGUAAAUGUCAGAAUCCAGGGCAUGAAAAAUUCAUACACAUAUUUUAGCUGGCAUCAACUUUAUCCCGGAUGUUAAUUUACGAGACCGCGCAAAAUAAUCCAAUUUUCCUGCGUUACUUCCACGCACCAUAUUCCAGAGGCUGAACAUUAAUUAUUCCCCGCGUUUGAGGUGGAUAAUUAAAUUCUUCCUCCAUUUAUUUCGGCUACCCGGCGGAGUCUCGGCAAGCGACAAAAUCAUCUAGGGAUUUAUUAUUUAAUUUCUGAUCGCCCGCGUGCUGGCCAAAUCAGCAGGCACCGUGCAUUGUCCUGGGGGUUGAAAGUUCCCAGCGAUAUAUCCCACCUUGACACAGUUUUCGUCCCCGUAUGCAAAGUCGGGACCGGAAAAGCCGGAUUUCCGGAAACGCGAAACCAGCGUCGCAACUCGUGCCGGUAAUUUCGUUUGUCUUUUUACGAAGGGAGGUCCCCGUUUCGAAAAGUACCCGGACGGUAGUCGGGGUGCACUCGGCCUG